CGAGACUGUUCCCUCCUGACUCCCCGGUUCAGUCUCAGUUUCCGCUUCUCUUUCCGGAACAUUUGGUUUUGUUUCCCCGGAACUUUCCCCCGUUCCCCUUGGAUCCUCCGCUCCUUCUGCUUCUGAUUCCGCAUGGAUCUGUCUCUGCUCUUCAGUCUCAAGUGAAUGGGAAGCCCCGGCUCUUCUUCUCCAGGUGAAGAUGACGAUCUGGUUUCUGAUUGGCUUCCUUCUCCCAGUGGCGAUUUUUGCGGCCCCUCCACCCAUCAACCGAUUGGCGCUGUUCCCAGAUAAAAGUGCCUGGUGCGAAGCCAAAAACAUCACUCAGAUUGUGGGUCACAGUGGCUGCGAGUCCAAAUCCAUCCAGAACAGAGCCUGCCUGGGCCAGUGCUUCAGUUACAGUGUCCCCAACACAUUCCCUCAGUCUACAGAGUCGUUGGUCCAUUGUGACUCCUGCAUGCCCAUCGAUUCUGUGUGGGAUGUGGUGACCCUGGAGUGCCCGGGCAAUGAGGAGUUCCCGCGGGUGGACAAACUGGUGGAGAAGAUCUUGCAGUGCAGUUGUCAGGCGUGUGGGAAGGAACUGAGUCAGGAGGGGGCCAUGUUUAACGUCUAUCUGAACACGGCAGAAGACUCGCCAGCAGAAAGCCUGGGCCAUCAUCAGCAUCGGCCUCCGGCGCGGGAAGACGAUUCGCCAGCCCAGUCGCAUCGGGAAGGGGAGAGCGAAGAGUGAUAGCUCCAUGGACAAGUAUCACAACUCGUAUUGUCUUAAAGGCACAGGUCCCUCCCAGAACAGCACCAGGAACCCAACUUUCUUCAGACAAUCUGCUUGUGGAUAAGGCCCCUCCCACUAAUCCCGAUUGCAAAGCAGCGGUGACGGAAUUGGAUUUUUAUCAGUGUUGCCAUGGCGGCGGUUUUUCUCGUUUAAGCGCCAUCGGUGGUUUGUAGAUUAGGACAAUGCAAUAUGGCUGCCUGCCCGUAGCUCUCCUGUUUACUAGAUGCAGUCAUUCGUGUAUAAAGUGUGACUGUUACUCGUACCACUUAUCUCAUGUAUCAUGUGUGUCUGUGGCACCUUCAUACAAGGACACUGCACAAUAGUGAGCCCUCGUGCAAAGUAGUAGUGCAAGCGCUCCAGACCUAGUUCCACGGUGACACCACUGGGAAUGGCCACUAGAAAAUGCAUUCAGUCUUCCAAUUCCUCCCCAGCCAAUUUUCCACAUAUUUCAUUGUCUGCUGCCGGCUUCUGGGCUGCUCUCCUUCACAUGACCAGACGGGGGGCGGAGCCUGGACUUUUUCAGGGCAUUUUUCAUUGCAUUGAUCUGUCUGAUCAGUGGAAAUGAGGAUAUAGAGUUUGGACACUAGAGGGAGCCCCUGCUUCAUUUCUGGUUUCCAGCCUACACUGAUCAAUUCAAGGGGAAGCAUUAGGCUUCCCUGACCAUGGGAAAGAGAGCAGCCAAGGAACAGGAGAUACACAGGUGCACUGCCCUCUACAUUGCCAAGUAUGGGAAAAAUUGGGGGACGAUUUUGCCUGCCUGUGGGAAAGACAGCAGCCCAUUAACAGGAAGCAUAUAAUUUCUGAGCGUUCCACCUUGCCCUGUAUUGGGGUGAUUCAGUUCAGUAACCAAGGGGGAGGUUCCAGUCUGACCAUGGGAAAGAGAGCAGCCCAGGAACAGGAAGCACACAAAUUAUGACUGCUUCUACCUGGCCCUGUAUCUGGUUUAGUAAUGGGGGGGUGAGGGGUUGCAUUCACUUACCCAGGGGGAGGUUCCUGUCUGACCAUGGGAAUGAGAACAGCCCAGGAGCAGGAAGUACAGAGAAUCAGAGCUCUGUACCUGGGUAAGUACUGGGGGAGAUUGGAUUCACUUACCCAGGGGGAGGUUCCUGUCUGACCAUAGGAAAGAGAACAGCCCAGGAGCAGGAAGUACAGAGAAUCAGAGCUCUGUACCUGGUUAAGUACUGGGGGAGGGGAUUGGAUUAAUUUAACCAGGGGGAGGUUCCUGUCUGGCAAUAGGAAAGAGAGCAGCCCAGGAUCAGGAAGUCAGAACUCUGCACAUGGAUAAAGUCUUAGGUGACUCAUUUACCCUGGAGGAAGUUCUUGGUUGCUGUAAGGGGCAAUGCUACUGGUUGGAUAACCCCAGGAAAAAAAAAAAAGAUCAGCACUUAAAGGGGAAGUUUACAUUGGACAGAACUUUUAGUCACAUAUUAUAUUACUGAUUGGAGUCAGACUGGCAAAAAAAGCUGAAAUUGUAUUUUUUGUAUUUUUUUUUUUAAACUUAACUUUGUGUUUUUGCAUACAGCUCUCCAGUUUGAAAGUGAAUGUGUCAUUUAGUUGCUAGGGCACUUCCCCCCAACAAUGUAUUCAUUCUUUCAUUAUAAAGGGCAAGUAACACCAUAAUUACUGCUUUUUGAUUUGGAAACCCUUACCCAACCAGCAUAAUGGUUGCUAAGGUCACAUACUUUAGUAACUAGGCAAUAACGGAAGAAGAAUAAGAGAGGGUACAUGAUAAAUACCAUAUAUUCUAUGCUCUGAGAGUUCCCCCACAGGAGUGUCCCUUUAAAAAAAUCAAGACCAACUGCAAAUUGUCUAAAAUAACCACUGCCUGCAAUAUAUUACACAUUUAAUGAUAAAUAAUAAAACCUUCCCGUGUUGGGGGUAAAA